UUCUUGAAAUCAAUGAAAUAAGAAAAGCUUCUGAAACGCCAAACCUCGACACCUGAAGAAGGAGGAGGAAACGGCAUAGUUCUCACCAAUGAACAGUGGAAACAUCGUUGAAUUGCGAAGAAACUCCACCAACUGGGCUAAGGUAGUGGAAGACAUCGUGAAGCUCGAGAAGAAGAUAUUCCCAAAACACGAGUCUCUUGCCAGGUUCUUCGACGAAGAAUUGAGAAAACAGAAUUCUGGAUUGCUCUUCCUGGACUUACAUGGACAAGUCGUAGCUUAUGUCAUGUAUUAUUGGCCCUCUUCCCUCUACGCUAUCAUCGCCAAACUCGCAGUGAAGGAGAACUGUAGGAGACAAGGUCAUGGAGAAGCACUCCUGAAGGCAGCCAUUGAGAAGUGCAGAACCAGAAACAUUCAGCGGAUAGGUCUUCAUGUUGAUCCCUUGAGGACGGCGGCUAUGAAUCUCUACAAGAAACUUGGGUUCCAAGUUGAUAGCUUGAUUGAAGGAUACUACUCUGCCGAUCGAGAUGCCUACAGAAUGUACUUGGAAUUUUGACACAUCGUAGCUUUGGAACUAGACUAGACAUUUUCUGAGUUAAAUUUUAUAUAUCUUGAUGUUAUAUUUAUAUCAGAAAAGUGAUGACCACUUCUAUUGUAAUUUUAUUGUGCAUUUGGGUUAGUAAUUGAUGAUGAUCUUGAGUUUAUGGAUCA